AUGAAAAUGGGUGUCUGGUUAUUCUCAAUGCCCAUGGAGGAGCGACGACAACGUCCUUUUGCUUUGACAAUUCUUCAAUGGAGAAAAGUAAGAUACUCUGAAAACGUAAAGGUCGAUCAUCACCCCAGCCACGUGUAUAUAAACUUUCCCUUGGUCCAAUUUAUUUUUUCAACUAUCAAGCAUCAAAUUGUUUAUGACCUUGUUGAGAUCAUUCUGCGGCAACUUGAUCUCGAUAGACCUGUCCGUCUGUUCUCAGCCGUGAUAUACCACUGUCUUGGUAUGUUCUUUAACUUAUCGGCACCGGAAACAGAAUUACAGUUUAGUUUUGGCAACGUUGCACUUAGCACAUGUACAUGUAUUCUGUUCCUUGUCUAUGUCCAAAUGCAACUACAGCUAACCUAUGACAUAUUUAACAUCCUGUUUACACUCAUGUACAAGUCACUUCCAAUACUAGAGAAAUGGCAACUAGGCAACAAGACAAUUGAUACCAGAGAUGUUGCAAAGACAAAAGCCGCCUUGAAGCGUAUCCGCGGAAUUCGAGCUGUUAAGGUUUAUCUCGAACAAACAAUCAGCAUGCCACCUGCCUUCAAUCGACCUUGGUGUGCCUACUCUCUGCGCGACUUUUGGGCAAGACGAUGGCAUACAUACUACAAUGAGUGCUUCUAUCGUCUUGGAUACCAACCCAUUCGGCUUGUCAUGAUACCCAUCUUGGGCCGUAAGCCUCCACGUUGGUUACCUGCUCUCUCUGUCUUUGUUAUGUCUGGUCUGAUGCAUGAAUACUUUUUGUACGCUGCCACAGGCCCUGCUCUUUAUUUCCAAGGUACACCCAUACCUGCAUGUUUCAUUCAAUUUUCUUUCUUUGUGAGCCAAGCGGUCUUUAUCAGUAUCGGUGAUCGAUUAUCCUUGUCGGACGGAUUCUUGGGAAGAGCUUACGCUGUCCUCAUCAUGAUCCUAACCUGCCACCUCUUUGUUGUUCCUUAUCUUCUCACGGGAUACCUGUACAUGCCUCGAGCUUCAUUCUAUAGAACAUUUGUAAAUAUUUAUCAAGGGGAAAUCAUCUGA